CCCCUCUUCAAUCGCGAAAACCAAUAAAACAAAAAACUAAAAAGCAAAAGAGAAAUCGUCUCUCCGGCAAGAAUUCCUUCUCCUACGUCUCCCUUCGCAGAGGAAAAGCACACAAUUGGGAGAGCGCAGCAGUGGGUUAAGGAGAGUGAGGAGGGCGAGAACGAGGUCAGCUAGUGGAUUGCGUUGACGGGCCAAUCACGACGGCAAAGGGGAGCAGACUGAAGAGAGCAAUCUGCAGCAUCCGGAAGGAACUAAGGAGGAGAAUAGAAAUUGAAGGUUCAAGAUCGAGAAUCAGCUUGGAGAUUUGUGACCCCGUGAAGUUGAACUGAAGUAAAGCUAGCCAGAAGUUCUCUUGAGUAGGAAGUGCCUUUUUGAUGGAUAUGGAAACUGGGGAUGAUUUCACGGCCACGGAGCCCGAGGUCUCUCGAUCCACAGGUUCUUCAAGAGGUCCCAGGCUGUUCAUCAAGGAAAUGGUGAUGAUGAAUUUCAAGUCUUACGCCGGCGAACAGCGCGUCGGUCCUUUCCACAAGAGUUUCUCUGCAGUGGUUGGACCCAACGGAAGUGGAAAGAGCAACGUGAUAGAUGCAAUGUUGUUCGUGUUUGGGAAGCGAGCAAAGCAGAUGAGGCUUAACAAAGUUUCGGAGCUUAUUCACAACUCCACAAAUCACCAGAAUUUGAGCAGUGCUGCUGUUUCUGUGCACUUCCAGGAGAUCGUUGACCUGGAUGAUGGUAACUACGAGGCUGUUCCAGGAAGUGAUUUUGUGAUUAAGAGAGUUGCAUUUCGGGAUAACUCAUCAAAAUAUUAUAUCAAUGACCGCUCAAGUAAUUUUACAGAGGUCACAAAAAAACUUAAAGAAAAAGGAGUGGACCUUGAUAACAACCGGUUUUUGAUUCUUCAGGGUGAAGUUGAGCAGAUCUCAUUGAUGAAGCCAAAAGCUCAAGGUCCUCAUGAUGAAGGUUUUCUUGAAUACUUGGAAGACAUUAUUGGGACUAACAAAUAUGUAGAGAAAAUAGACGAGGCAUCCAAGGAGUGAGUACAUUUCGAUAAUGACAGCAUAUUCUAAUUUUCCCCAUCUCUAUGAUGCUAGAACCUGCAUUUGAUAAAUUGUGUUUGGAGUAGUAUCUGUAUUCUGGUUAUAGUUAGUUUAAGUUAGGAGUUCCAGUGGUCUCUAGGAAUAAAUUGUUGUAGACUAACGUUUCCAGAAAGAUCAGGAGCGUAACAUCCAAUUACAUGGUCUAUAUGGUUUGGAAAAAGAAAAGUGAAUGUCUAUACAGGAGACCGUUUGUUAUGCCACUUCUCCUUAGCUUUUAUAAUGAUAAAGGAAGUGGUAUAUUCUGAAGAUUUCGUUCGUGAGAAUAUAGUUUGAGGACUAUAAAAUCCUACAACUAAUUGGUUGUCUGCAGUAUUCAAAUGGUAAAGCUAGCUGAGAAAGAAAGGGAUGGCUUGGAGGAUGUGAAGAAUGAAGCAGAGAACUACAUGCUUAAAGAGCUAUCCCACCUGAAGUGGCAAGAGAAAGCAUCUAAAUUGGCUUUUGAAGAUACCUCUACCAAAAUGGUGGAAGUAGAAACUAACAUAUCCACCCUUGAAGAAAGCCUGAAAUCUGACAGAGGGAAGAUUCAAGAGAGUAACAAGACACUGAAGGAGCUUGAAACUGUGCACAAUAAGUACAUGAAAAGACACGAGGAACUAAACGAUGAUCUCAAAACCUGCAAAGAUAAAUUUCGGGAGUUUGAAAGACAGGAUGUUAAGUACCGGGAGGAUUUGAAGCACAAGAAGCAGAAGAUCAAGAAGCUUGAUGACAAACUUGAAAAGGACUCCUCAAAAAUCAAUGACCUGACAAAGGAGUGCGAGGAAUCAACAAAUUUGAUCCCACAACUUGAAGAUAAAGUCCCAAAGCUGCAAAAUCUUUUGUCACAAGAGGAGAAAGUAUUGGAAGACAUAAAAGAGCGUUCAAAAGGUGAAGCGGAGGCGUACCGUUCCGAGCUUGCAAUAGUUCGUGCUGAAUUAGAACCUUGGGAGAAGCAACUGAUUGAUCACAAAGGGAAACUUGAAGUUGCUCGCACAGAGAGCAAGCUUUUGACUGAUAAGCAUGAAGCUGGUCAUGCAGCAUUUGAGAAUGCACGUAAGCAGAUGGACAGCAUACAUGGAACAAUUGGAGAAAAAACAGCGAACAUUGAGAAGUUGCAAAGUGAAAUUGAACAAAAGAAGAUUGAAGCAUCAGAAUCUCAUAAAACCGAGCAAGAGUGCAUCAAAGAACAAGAAAGACUGAUUCCACUUGAACAAGCGGCAAGGCAGAAGGUUGCAGAACUUAAGUCAAUCAUUGAUUCAGAGAAAAGUCAGGGGUCUGUCCUGAAAGCAAUCUUACAUGCCAAAGAAUCUAAAAGCAUAGAGGGGAUAUACGGAAGAAUGGGCGACUUAGGUGCCAUUGAUGCAAAGUAUGAUGUUGCCAUAUCGACAGCCUGCGGUGGACUUGAUUAUAUCGUUGUUGAGACGACUGCGGCAGCCCAAGCAUGUGUUGAAUUGCUUAGACGGGAGAACCUUGGAAUUGCAACUUUCAUGAUACUGGAAAAACAAGCUGACUUACUGCCAAAAAUGAAAGAGACCGUGAGCACUCCCGAGAGUGUUCCACGUCUUUUUGAUCUGGUGAGGAUUCAGGAUAAGAGAAUGAAAGUUGCUUUCUAUGCUGUACUGCGAAACACUGUCGUAGCAAAGGAUCUGGAUCAGGCAACAAGAAUUGCGUAUGGAAACACAGACUUUCGACGUGUGGUUACACUGGAUGGUGCACUUUUUGAAACAGCUGGUACAAUGAGUGGUGGAGGAAGUAAACCCAGGGGUGGGAAGAUGGGUACAUCGAUUCGAGCUGCUAGUGUGUCUGCAGAAGCCGUGCAGAAUGAAGAAAAUGAACUCUCUACAUUGGUUUUGAAAUUGAAAGAUGUUGGCAAAAGAAUUGCUGAUGCGGUGAGAAAUUACCAAUCAGCAGAGAAGCAGGUUUCACAUUUGGAGAUGGAACUUGCUAAAAGCCAGAAAGAGAUUGAUAGUUUGAGAUCAGAACAUACUUAUCUUAAGAAGCAGCUUUCAUCUUUGGAGGCUGCGUCACAGCCAAAGAAGGACGAGCUUGAUAGGCUACUGGAGCUUGAGAAAAUGAUAUCUGCGGAGGAGAAAGAGAUUGAUAGACUUGUGCAAGGGUCUAAGGAGCUAAAGGAGAAGGCUCUCGCGCUUCAGAAAAAGAUUGAAAAUGCUGGUGGUCAAUUGUUGAAUGAUCAGAAGAUAAAGGUCCAAAGUAUUCAUUCUGAUAUAGAUAAAAGUUGUUCUGAGAUCAAUCGCCAUAAAGUGCAAAUUGAGACAAGUCAGAAACUGAUAAAGAAGCUGACGAAGGGGAUUGAAGACUCAAGGAAGGAAAAGGAACGACUAGAAGAUGAAAAGGAAAAAUUGAAAGGUGUUUUCAAAGAUAUAGAAGUGAAAGCCUUUGAUGUUCAAGAGAAGUACAAGAAAACACAGGAGUUAAUUGACGAACAUAAGGGAGUCUUGGAUAAAGCUAGAGAUGAUUAUGAGCAAUUGAAGAAGGUGGUCGAUGAGUUGCGUGCAUCAGAGGUUGAUGCUGACUUCAAGCUAAAAGAUAUGAAGAAAGGAUACAGGGAGUUGGAAAUUAGAGGCAAAGGCUAUAAGAAAAAGCUUGAUGACUUGCAAAAUGCAAUUACCCUACAAAUGGAACAAAUCCAGAAAGAUCUCGUGGACCCUGAAAAGCUUCAAGCAACCUUAGCUGAUGGAAAUCUUUCUGAGGAUUGUGAUCUGAAGAAGGCCCUUGAAAUGGUUACGUUGUUGCAAGCACAACUGAAAGAGAUGAAUCCUAAUCUUGAUUCAAUCACAGAGUACCGAGGAAAGGUUGCCCUCUAUAAUGAAAGAGUUGAGGAGCUCAAUGCGGUCACUCAGAACCGUGAUGAUGUCAAAAGGCAACAUGACGAAUUGAGAAAGAAGAGGCUGGAUGAGUUCAUGGCUGGGUUCAAUGCCAUAUCAUUAAAGCUGAAGGAGAUGUAUCAGAUGAUUACUCUUGGAGGGGAUGCAGAGCUAGAGCUAGUGGAUUCUUUGGAUCCGUUUUCUGAAGGUGUUGUAUUCAGUGUCAGGCCGCCAAAGAAAAGCUGGAAGAACAUUGCUAAUUUGUCCGGUGGCGAAAAGACUCUGAGUUCCCUAGCUCUGGUUUUUGCACUCCACCAUUACAAGCCUACACCACUGUAUGUGAUGGAUGAGAUCGAUGCUGCGUUAGACUUCAAGAAUGUCUCAAUUGUGGGGCACUACGUUAAGGACCGCACAAAGGAUGCUCAAUUCGUCAUCAUAAGUCUUAGGAACAACAUGUUUGAGUUGGCAGAUCGGCUGGUGGGGAUCUACAAAACCGAUAACUGCACUAAAAGCAUCACCAUAAAUCCCAAGAGCUUUGCAGUGAGUGAAAAGGCGGUUUGACCUAUGAUCGUUACUCUUGUGUGCGUAGUAAGUAACAAAUGUAACUCUUAGAAUGCAAAAUGAUAUCAACUCGAUAUUUAUUGGCAAUACUGUUUAUGAGCAUUUUCGAAGUUUAUGUAUUGUUGUGAUUCAAUUGACGUUGACUUCAUAGAGCAUAGUCUCUUUUUGAAUCAUUGUCGGCUCUACAUAUUGCGAAUGUUCUCCUAAAUUACUAUCUCGUACAGAAGUAUUUAGUAUUUUAAACUUUAGUACCUAAACUUCCA